GAAAUAACUCGAGCGACUCAGUUCCUAGCGCGACAGUGGGAAGUCCAUGGACCUGCUGCCGACGCAGUCGAGCAAAACCGCGCUUGACACGCUCCAUGAACACCACGUGGACGGCGAGCUCAAGGCGACGAGCAUUCCGCCGAUCGCGGUCCCGUUCUUAACCCACCACGACGGCCGCCACUCGUCCUUCUUCGAGACCAACAGUGUGCACAAGACGACCGAUGCGUGCGGCCACAAGCAGCUCAACCAAUAUAUUCUCUACGACGUGAUCGGGAAAGGCGCGUACGGCAAGGUCCGGAAAGCUUUUUGGCCCGAGAAGAACCGCUAUUUUGCCGUCAAAAUCAUCCACAAAAAGAAAGCCAAAAAAUUGAUGCUGCGCGGCCCCCGCGCGCCGCGAAGCGACGGCCUCGACCACAUUCGCAAGGAAUCGGCGAUUUGGAAAAAGCUCCACCACCCCAACAUUGUGCGCCUGCGCGAAGUCAUUGACGACCCAGAGGCCGACAAGAUUUACUUGGUCAGCGAACUCAUCGAGGGCAAGUCCAUCAUUGACGGCGAAGCACGCUGCACGCCGCUGCACGAAGACGUUGCAAGAGAUUGCUUUUGUCAGCUCAUUGAAGGCCUCGAGUUUCUCCAUUUUCACAAAAUCAUCCAUCGGGAUAUCAAGCCUGGCAACCUCCUGUACAGCGCCGACGGUAUAGUCAAGAUCACCGACUUUGGCCAGUCCCAGGUCAUUGAAGACGAAGACGACUGCUUCCGCCAGACCGUCGGCACGGGCCCGUUCCUAGCCCCCGAGAUGCUCACGGGGGACGAGUACAAGGGCCUCCCGAUCGAUGUGUGGGCGUGCGGCGUCACGCUCUACCUCUUUGUCUAUGGCCACUUGCCGUUCGAGGCCGAGACGCCGCAGCUUCUCUACGAGAAGAUCAAGAGCGACCCGAUCACAUUCGCGACGCUGGUCCAGGAGACACCCGUGAACCCAGACGUGAUUGAUCUGCUUCGAGGCAUCUUGAACAAGGACCCGGCCGAGCGUCUGACGACCCAAGACAUUCGGAACCACCCGUGGCUAGCCUCGCGUUUCCAGACCCAGUACCCCAAGAGCGAGCGCCACUUGAUCACACUCACACCCGCUUGCGUCGAGUCGGCCAUCACCCCGCUGCAGCUCUACCGACGUCUCAAGCGCAAGACCAAAUUGCUCAUCGCUGCCAACAAACUCACGGGGUCGUCGCGGCAGUUGCCGAUUCUACGACAGCCCUCGACGCAGCGCCAUAUCCAAGACGACGCUGUCCACCAUGCGGUUCCGACCGUGCCACGCCGGCUCUCGGGCGCCUCCCUACCUAGCACGGCGCGAAGUAUGUCAAGUCGACGGUCGCUUACGGCGCGCCGUCUCGACUUUGGGCAAGAGCUCGCCGAACUGCGCUUCGACACCCCGCGGGCCGAAGAUCGACCCUAGUGUACUCAAAUAGACAAGUCGCAUCGCCUCGCGUUAGGAGUUGGUGCUGCUUUGCCGAAGACGCAGCUUGGUGGGCGACAGCUGCAUGACCUUGCUGAUCUUGUCCGUCUAAAAGGUAGCUACAGAGUAGUGCGCAGCUGUAAACGUACAAUGGUUUCUCG